CGGGUUUGAGGAGAUGAGGAAGUGGCUCUGGUUAUUUGCUUCUGUACCAGGUCGGGAGGGUAGUUACGGGAUGCAAAAGCUGUUUUCAGGUUGUUGGCAUAAUGGUUGAGGGAUUCCGGACUGGAGCAGAUUCGUUUGCCACGAAGACCAAGGCUGUAGGGAAGGGACCGUUUGAUGCGGAAUGGGUGGCAGCUGUCAUAAUGGAGGUACUGUUGCUUGUUGGUGGGUUUGAUGUGGACAGACGUGUGAAGCUGGCCAUUGGACAGGUGGAGGUCAACGUCAAGGAAAGUGGCAAGGGAUUUGGAGUAGGACCAGGUGUAUCUGAUGGAACAAAAGGAGUUGAGGUUGGAGAGGAAAUUCUGGAGUCCUUCUUCACUGUGAGUCCAGAUCAUGAAAAUGUCAUCAAUAAAUCUGUACCAAACUUUGGGUUGGCAGGCCUGGGUAACCAAGAAGGCUUCCUCUAAGCGACCCAUGAAUAGGUUGGCGUACGAGGGGGCCAUCCUGGUACCCAUGGCUGUUCCCUUUAAUUGUUGGUAUGUCUGGCCUUCGAAAGUGAAGAAGUUGUGAGUCAGGAUGAAGCUGGCUAAGGAGAUGAGGAAAGAGGUUUUAGGUAGGGUGGCAGGUGAUCGGCGUGAAAGGAAGUGCUCCAUUGCAGCGAGGCCCUGGAUGUGUGGAAUAUUUGUGUAUAAGGAAAUGGCAUCAAUGGUUACAAGGAUGGUUUCCAGGGGGUAACAGACUGGGUAGGGAUUCCAGGCACUCGAGAAAGUGGUUGGUGUCUUUGAUGAAGGAUGGGAGACUGCAUGUAAUGGGUUGAAGGUGUUGAUCUACGUAGGCAGAUAUACAUUCUGUGGGGGCUUGGUAACCAGCUAGAAUGGGACGGCCGGGAUGAUUGGGUUUGUGAAUUUUGGGAAGAACGUAGAAGGUAGGGGUGCGGGGUGUUGGUGGGGUCAGGAGGUUGAUGGAGUCAGGUUUUGUAGGGGGCCUAAGGUUCUGAGGAUUCCUUGAAGCUCCGCCUGGACAUCAGGA